AUGAUUCAUUCUCUCGAUAGGCCCUCGUUCUUUCUCUCUCGUGCCCUAUGCGUCCUUACCCUCCCCACCUUCGUCCCGCCCCCUCACCCGUUUCCCCUCACCCGUUUCCCCUCACCCGUUUCCCCUCACCCGUUUCGCCUCCCCCGUUGCUCCGCACCCAUUGCCCCCAUCUCGUGCGCGCAGCGCGCCAUGCGGUGUACGGGGGAGUGCCGCGCCACCCCGUCGGCAUUGACGUCGGAGGGCGAUCGUCCGCCUCCUUCUCCCCCCUCCCGCCCCCCCACUCGCGCGGGCCCCCCGUUCCGCGCAACCACAGCGCAGACCGCCCUCCGCCGUCUCUCUUCGCGUCGCCACACGCCACCCCUCCGCGACCCCCGCAGAUCUCCAAGUCGCUCUCGCAGGGCGCCUCCUCCUCCGCGCUCCAGCAUACUCCCGCCUCCUCCUCUCCCCGCGCGCCCGCGGCCUCCUCUUCCCCGCGCACCUCCCUUUCCGCCGACCCCUCAUCCCUGUCCUUCCGCCCGCGCGCCCUCUCCGCCUCCUUUGCUGGGCGCGGCGGGGCGGGCGCGCGGGCAACGCUGUUUGGGCACGAGAUGGCGGAGUGGGGGGACGAGGGCGCGGAGGAGGAAGAGCCUGGGGAGGCAGGCGCAGGGGCAUGGGCGGGGGAGGGAAAGGGCGGAGGGGGCGGAGCCAGGGGAGGGCGGAUUCGGUGGUCAGGCGGACACGCCUUACCGCAGGGGCGGGGGGGAGGAGCUCAGUGGCGGAGGGGCGCAGGCAUGGGCGCAGGCUGGCGGGCGGGAGGAGGAGGGCAGUGGGGAGUGGGGGCAGGGCGAGGGGGGCGAGGGGGGUGCGCCAGUGACAACAGGCAGCAGCCCCCCUAACCCCUCCGCCGCCUUUGGCCGCCAGUCCACCCUCCCCCCCCGCCUGCCCCGCCACGCCAGCCCCCUCCAGACGCCCUCCCCGCGCUCCUCCGCCCGAGCAGGCGCGGCGAGGCGGAGGGCGCUGGGUUCUGGCAUGUGGGCGGGGGCAGGGGGGAGCGGGAGGUGGGCGCAGGGGGAGGGGAGCGGCGAGAGGGAAAGGGAGGAAAGGGGGGAGGAGGGGGAGGAGGCGGAAGAAGGGGGGGCGGUGGUGUGGCCGAAGGGGUGGGCGGAGAUAGAUGCAGCAUGGUCGGAGGGGGAUAUGGGGGGAAGCAUGGGGGGGAGCAUGGGCGGAAGCAUGGGGGGGGACAUGGACGGGGGAGUGGCAUGCACCCAGAGCAUGGAUGGCGGCGCAGCACAGCUGGCCAGUGCGGGGUCGGCCGUGGGGGCGGGGCAAGGGGGCGCGGGGGAGGGCGAGGGAGAGAGCAGUGAGGGCGAGGAGGGCGGCAUGGCGGAGGCGUUCACUCGCCAGUACACCGCCCCGCCCCGCUGCUCCGCUGCCUCUCAAGGCGACGGUCGCGGUGGGGAGGUUGAACCCCAGGGGCUGAGAGGGGCGGGGGGGAAUGACUGGGACCAGCCUGCUGACCUGGACCGCCAGGGCAGCUUGCCUGCCACGUCAGCAGGCGAGGGCGACGAGAAGGCCAAGGAGGGGAGGGAGGGGGAGGGAGGGCGCUCGGGCAGCACUGACUCGCGGCGCUCCCCCACGGGUGGGAUGGGGCGAGGGGGCAUGCAGGCGGGCGAGGAGGGGGGCGUGGCGGACAGUGAGGCAGCGGGGCCGUUCCGAUCGCACACGAGUGGACGCAUGGGCAGUGGCACGGGCGGGAGUCCUGAGGGAGCCACAUGUGAUGAUGAGAGCGGCAGUGGCAGCGGCAGGGCCCCAACGCGGCAUGCGUCCAUGGCUUUCCACUUCUCGCCCGCUGUGCUGGCCCCCUCCACGCGCUCGCCCCGCUCCUCCUCCUUCCACCGCUCGCUCUCCGUUCCCCGCCGCCUGGCUGCUGGGGCAGGCGGCGCAGGAGGGGAAAACGGGGCGGGGUGUAAUGGUGCCGAGGGGGACGAGAGCGAAGGGGGUGUGUGUCCAGGAGAGGGUGAGCAAGUGGAUACAGCAGCAGGUGAGCAAGUGGAUACAGCAGCAGGUGCGCCACUCUCCCCCUCACCACUGUCCCCCUCGCCGAUCUCCCGUUCGCCGCUCUCCCCUGCAGUGUCCUCCAGUCGCCACAUAGCUCGCAGCUUUCAGAGUGCGAGGGAAGUGCGAGGCGGGGCGGGCAUGGUGGGCACUCAAGCCACGGGCAGCGCUCCGGGGUCACCCAUGCGGGGGGCAGCAGCCCUGCAGGCUGCACGCAUGGCAUCAGUGGCACGCGAUGCAGCGACGGUUGGGGAUGCAGGGGCGGAAGAGGCGAGGGGCAGUGGCCGGGCGGAGGAUGGAGCAGCAACGGGGCGUGAGGAAUCGGAGAGAGGCGAGGGCAUUCAAGCAGGAGCAGCUGAUGGCAGCCCACCAGGUGGUGAGAGUGUGCCGAAUGGAGAGAGCAGGGAGGGUGGAGGGGCGGGGGCGGAGGCAGAGGGGGAGGAGGGGCCAGCGAAGGUGAAGGUGACGCGGCGGCAGUACAUGGAGAUGAAACGCGCUGCCCAGGCUGCCGUUGCUGCCCAGGCCGCUUCCCAGGCUGCUGCUGCUGCUGCAACAGCAGGUGGCAGCAGUGGAGCGCAACCCGCCCCUGCCAUGCCCGCCACCCCGCGGUCGCGCUUCGCUGACGCCCUGCAGAGCCCGCGCCUGCUGCCUGAGUGGCAUGGUGGGCGGGGCAUGGGCGCGGGUAGAGGGGCGGGCAGCGUGCUGGAGAGGCGCAAAUCGGGCCUGAGAGGCAAGGCGGCGAGAGACGCCGCCACUGUUGCUGCUGAAAGGGCUUCUAGUGAAGGCGGUGCUGUGGGUAGUGGCGUGCAGGGUGGAGGGGAGGGCAGCCGAGGUGGAGAGGUGGAGGGUAGUGGUGCUGUGAGGCAGGCAGGGAGCAUGGGAGAUGCAGGGGCAGACGGCGAGGUGGGGGGAGUUGAGGAAAGUGAGGGGGAGGUGGUGAAGGAGGCAAGGGAGGGCGGUGGAGCAGUGAGUGGUGACUUGCCAUGCCUGCCGCCGCCUGACGCCCCUCAAGUCGUGCAGAGCAGAGCACCUCAUCUUGCCCUUUCGCCUCCGCCUCUUCCGCCCACCCCGCUUCUACAGAGUACCUCUAGGGCACCUCAUCUUUUGAAUAGGCCUCCAUCCGUCCCCUCCCCUCCGCCUCCCCCUCCGCCUCCCCCUCCGCCUCCCCCUCCGCCCCAAUCAGUGUCCGCACUGCGCUCAAGCCCUCGCCGUGCCGCCCAUGCCGCGGCGGCGCAAGCAGGGAGGCGUGCAGAAGCUGCGGUGCGGCGGCUGCCAGCAGAUCUCCACCUUCGCCGCCCCGCCCCUCCCCUCGCACUCUCAACCCUACCAGCCGCCCUUCGCCCCCGCCCACCCCCCCUCCUCACCGUCAGCGUCCCUCAGCCCAUCCCCCCCGCCACCCCCUCGCCUCCCCCUACCGCUCCCUCUCCUCCCCCCUCGCGCGCCUCCCCCUCGCAAUCCCGUCCAGCCCCCACGGCCACCCCGGGCGUGGGAAGCAGGCGGGGGGAUGUGACACGAGACCUGUCGCCCCUCAGCGUGCCCUCGCCCCGCCUCGCCCGCGCACGAGGCAACCCCGCCCCCUCGCCCCUCAAGGGGCACUCAGGGGCGCGGGGGGCAGGCAGGGCGCUCAAUGGCGUGGUGGGGGCGGGGGGAGGAGGAGAGGGGCGGCUGCGGGGAGGUAUGAGCAGUGGUGGGCAGGAGGGAGACAGAGAGGAGGGGGAUGGGGCUGGGGAUGUGGGGGGGCGUGUGAGUGGCAGGGGGGACGAGGGCGAGUGGGGUGGGGCAGGGUGUGGGGCGGAAGGGUGGGAGGGGCAGACGGGUGGAGAGGGGCAGGAGACAGAGGGGGAGGGGGAGGGGUGGGUGGGGGAAAGCAAUGGGAGCGAGUGGAGUGGGGGGGCGAGCACGGAGUGGAGUGGGGGAGGGGGAAGUGUGCAGUGGAGUGGUGACAGCGGCAGCGAGUGGGCGGGGGAGCGGGGGCGGGGCGAGGGAGGGCGAGACCUUGCCCCACUUGUCCUGCUCUACUCCCCUGCACCCCUCCGCAGGCUUUCCUUCGCGGCGUUUGCGGCACUUAUCCGCGCCGACCAGCAGGACGUCCGCGCUGACCUGCGGGACGAACGCGCUGACCUGCGGGAAGAACGCGCUGACCUGCGGGACGAACGCGCUGACCUGCGGGACGAACGCGCUGACCUGCGGGACGAAUGCGCGGACCUGCGGGAGGAACGCGCUGACCUGCGGGACGAAUGCGUCGACUGUCAAUCUCGCUCCCGAGGGCAUUUCGCCCGGCCAUCCAGCCCUCUCCUCUCCCCUCGCCUUCUCCUCCUGAGGGCCUUGCAGCCCUCUCCUCUCCCCUCGCCUCCUCCUCCUCAGGGCAUUCCAGCCCUCCUCCCCCCUCGCUUCUGCCUCCUCAGGGCAUUCCAGCCCUCCUCCCCCCUCGCUUCCGCCUCCUCAGGGCAUUCCAGCCCUCCUCCCCCCUCGCUUCCUCCUCCUCAGGGCAUUCCAGCCCUCCUCCCCCCUCGCUUCCGCCUCGUCAGGGCAUUCCAGCCCUCCUCCCCCCUCGCUUCGUCCUCCUCAGGGCAUUCCAGCCCUCCUCCCCCCUCGCUUCCUCCUCCUCAGGGCAUUUCAGCCCUCCUCCCCCCUCGCUUCCGCCUCGUCAGGGCAUUCCAGCCCUCCUCCCCCCCUCGCUUCCUCCUCGUCAGGGCAUUCCAGCCCUCCUCCCCCCUCGCUUCCUCCUCCUCAGGGUAUUCCAGCCCUCCUCCCCCUCGCUUCAUCCUCCUCAGGGCAUUCCAGCCCUCCUCCCCCCUCGCUUCCUCCUCCUCAGGGUAUUCCAGCCCUCCUCCCCCUCGCUUCAUCCUCCUCAGGGCAUUCCAGCCCUCCUCCCCCCUCGCUUCCUCCUCCUCAGGGCAUUCCAGCCCUCCUCCCCCCUCGCUUCCUCCUCCUCAGGGCAUUCCAGCCCUCCUCCCCCCUCGCUUCCGCCUCGUCAGGGCAUUCCAGCCCUCCUCCCCCCUCGCUUCCUCCUCCUCAGGGCAUUCCAGCCCUCCUCCCCCCUCGCUUCAUCCUCCUCAGGGCAUUCCAGCCCUCCUCCCCCCUCGCUUCCGCCUCGUCAGGGCAUUCCAGCCCUCCUCCCCCCUCGCUUCCUCCGCCUCGUCAGGGCAUUCCAGCCCUCCUCCCCCCUCGCUUCCACCUCCUCAGGGCAUUCCAGCCCUCCUCCCCCUUCGCUUCCUCCUCCUCAGGGCAUUCCAGCCCUCCUCCCCCCUCACUUCCGCCUCGUCAGGGCAUUCCAGCCCUCCUCCCCCCCUCGCUUCCUCCUUGUCAGGGCAUUCCAGCCGUCCUCCCCCCUCGCUUCCUCCUCCUCAAGGCAUUCCAGCCCUCCUCCCCCCUCGCUUCCUCCUCCUCAGGGCAUUCCAGCCCUCCUCCCCCUCGCUUCCUCCUCCUCAGGGCAUUCCAGCCCUCCUCCCCCCUCGCUUCCUCCUCCUCAGGGCAUUCCAGCCCUCCUCCCCCCUCGCUUCCUCCUCCUCAGGGCAUUCCAGCCCUCCUCCCCCCUCGCUUCCGCCUCGUCAGGGCAUUCCAGCCCUCCUCCCCCCUCGCUUCCGCCUCGUCAGGGCAUUCCAGCCCUCCUCCCCCCUCGCUUCCUCCUCCUCAGGGCAUUCCAGCCCUCCUCCCCCCUCGCUUCCUCCUCCUCGGGGCAUUCCAGCCCUCCUCCCCCCUCGCUUCCUCCUCCUCAGGGCAUUCCAGCCCUCCUCCCUCCUCGCUUCAUCCUCCUCAGGGCAUUCCAGCCCCCUCCCCCUCGCUUCCUCCUCCUCCGGGCAUUCCAGCCCUCCUCCCUCCUCGCUUCCUCCUCCUCCGGACAUUCCAGCCCUCCUCUCCCCUCGCUUCCUCCUCCUCGGGACACUUCAGCCCUCCUCCCCUCUCACCGCCGAUGCGUUGCUCGGCUACCCCGCGAACAUACCGCAGCUGAGGGAGCCAAUGAGGCGGGACUGUGCAGGGGGGCGCACGCGCGUGCUGGUGAACGGGCGCGAGCUGUGCCAGCGGGACCUGGCGCCACUCACACGGCGGGGCAUGCCGGGGGCAGCGCAGCGGCAGUACACUCUGGACGCCUCGGGGCAGCUUCGUGAUGCCGCCUCCUCCGCCCUCGUCUCCCACCUUGGCCACCUCGCCCCCUCGUAUGCCUCUUCCUGCUGCCUCCUAUGCCCCUGCUGGCUCUGUCCUAUGCCCCUGCCUGCUCUGUUGUAUGCCUCCCCCCUUGCUCCCUCGUGUGCCCCUCUCCCUCCUUGCUCCCUCGUGUGCCCCCCUCCCUCCUUGCUCCCUCGUUCGUAUGGCCACCUCAUAUUAUCACCUCGUAUGGCCACCUCAUAUUAUCACCUCGUAUGA